AAUAACCACUCUUUUCCUUUUUUUUUUUUUUUUUUUUUUUUGAGAACCUCUGUGACAGCCACUUAAUAGGUAUUACCUGUUCUGACCCUUAGAGUACAUACCUAUAAUAACCAUUUGGGUAACUACAAGAUGCAGAAAAGCGACUGGCCCUAAGUCAGACCUUUGUUAUUAAGUGCUCAGGCUGGGAUUUGAAUCUGUCUGUCUGACUCUCCUGACGCCCUUUGCUUUGAACCCUGCUGCUUGUACUGUUGCUAUGGUGACUGUGAGGCUGAGCAAGCCUGCUGAUGUGUGACAUGCAGGCCUGUAUACCAGAACGAUGAUUUUGAUACUCUGCCAUUUCAAGAAGGACCCAAAUGGAGGAAGCAAAGAAACUACAUAUUGGUUUCUGAUUGCACACACUCUGAAGGACCUGGGAGACAUGAACCUUAGUCUUAAGAAAUACCUUUGUUCAUCCUUCCCACUGCUGUGAUUCGAGGCAGUUCAUUUUCCCCAACCAUCACCUCUGAUCAUUGGGAAAAAAUAGACCAUUUUCAAAGUUCCAGGCUUCACUGUCUGGUGAUGUUACAGAUCACUGGAAAGUUGGGUGGAAGGAGGUAGAGGCAAGGAAAGGAACCUUUGAGCAGAAGCUGAGAGCCUGCCUGAUGCACGUGGAUAAUACUGCCCUGCCCCAAUCCUGGUUAGAGCACUGUUAGGUACAUGUGAGUGUUCAGAUGACCUGACCAUUGGAGGAGUUCUGUUUAGAAAGUACUCUAACAGGCUGCCCCGGCUCCUCCCUCCUCUCGAGCUUCUCCCCGGGGCAGCCACGCAGGAGGGAGGCCAAGAUGGCAGAUGAGAUCGCCAAAGCACAGGCCGCGCGGCCUGGUGGCGACACGAUCUUCGGGAAGAUCAUUAGCAAGGAAAUCCCAGCCAAAAUCAUUUUUGAGGAUGACCAGUGUCUUGCUUUCCAUGACAUUUCCCCUCAAGCACCAACUCAUUUUCUGGUGGUACCCAAGAAACCUGUAUCUCAGAUUUCUGUAGCAGAAGAUGAUGAUGAACGUCUUGGACCUUUAAUGAUUGUUGGCAAGAAAUGUGCUGCUGAUCUGGGCCUGAAGAAGGGUUAUCAAAUGGUGGUGAAUGAAGGUUCAGAUGGGGGACAGUCUGUCUAUCAUGUUCACCUCCAUGUUCUUGGAGGUCGGCAGAUGAAUUGGCCUCCUGGUUAAGCAUGUUUGAGGGAUAAUUUUCCCUUCUCUGGGCAAUGGUCAAUAUUUCCCAGUUCCAGUAUGUUAAACAGUAUACUUACUUUUGCCUGUGUAUGGAGAGAUUGAGGAAAUAAUUUUUAAAACCCAUAAAUAAUAAAAGACAAUGUUGUAUGGUUUACAGUCAAAAAAAAAAAGUACUCUAACAGAAAGACUCAUUGUAGCAAUAUACCAUAUUUAUAACAAAUUUAUAAAUUCAGUGCAAAUGUAAUCAAAAUUUAAUAGGAUUGUAAUGGAUAUCGACAAGCUGAUUCCUAAUUUCUUUAAAGACAAACUGCUGAAAUAUUUCUGAAGAGUUUGUGGGGUUUUUAGUUUCCUUUUUUUUUAAAGCUUGUUAACCCCUCUGGACAUUAUUUCCAGGUACAUUGUGAGGUUUAAUUCCUUUUUUUUCCAACUAACAUGAAGUGGUAUCUCUAGUGUGCAUAUAAUGCAUAUUAUACUUGAGUAUGCUUCCAGAUGGUUCUUUUUCAUCUCUUUGUUUAUAAAUGCUAAUAGGACUUUUAAUUACUUUAGCUUUAUAGAAUGUUUUAUACUAUAUGUUAACAGAAAAUAUAAAGAAUAUUUUUAUAAUCUUUCAGGUGAAAGCUUUUCUUGAGCAAGGCAUGAAAUGUAGAAGCCAUAAAGGAAAAUAGUGAGAUUUGACCAUUAAAAAUUUAAUAAAUGACAAAAGACCCAGUAAUCCAAGUUAAAACUCAAGCAAAAAACAGGAAGAAAAUAUGUAACAGUGGAUUAAUAUCCAGAUAAAGUGCUCCUGUGGUCAGAUAUAAAAAGGAGUCAGAUAUACAACAGGUAUUUCAUAGAAACAGUGCAGAUGGUUGGUAAGGACGGACCACAUUAGCAAUUACGGAAAUGCAAAUAAAAAGGUCUUACUUUGCUCAUAGGCAAACAGCAGAGAGAUUGAUAAUAUUUAGUGUUGGUCAGGGUAUAGGAAAACAAGUAUGCAUUUAGUAUGAGUGAAGAUUUCCAGUCUUUUGGAAGGCAACUUAGCAAUAUCAGCAAGUUUAAUAUGUGUGUCCUUUGACCCAGAAUACUGCUAGGUAUUUGAGUAUUUCCUAGAAAAAUGUGCAAAUGUGAAUAAAAGAGUUACAUAUAACAAUAUACAUUAUGGCAUUGUAUGCAAUGGCAAGAAAUUAGAAAUAGCUGAAAUACGCAUCAGUAGGAGAAUGGUUAAAAAUUAAGAUUUAUCCACCUUGUGUAAUAUUAUGUAGCAGUUAAAAGAAUGAAGUAGAGUUAUACAUACAAACAAGGAAAGCUCUCCAAGACCAAAAUAUGAGAUUUUGGCCUUUUAUUUGCUCUUUGUGCAAAACAGAAUAGUGUGCGUAGAAUAUAAAAGAUUGGAAUUGAUAUGACCCAGUACCAAAUAAGAGAGCCAUCCUGGAAUAUUUGAAGAUAAUUACUUGCGUUUUUUUUCAUGCAUGGCUAAGAAAUAAAUAUAAACCAUCAGUAUCUUCAAUUUGCAACAUAUGUCAGUGGUUGAAGUAACAAAACCACUGACUAAAACUCACAAUUAUUGACAAAAUUGAAAGAGCUCUAAAAUAUGACACAGUAUAAUUGAAAUAAAAACUGCAGAAGAGGGGGCACCUGGGUGGCUUAGUCAUUAAGCAUCUGCCUUCGGCUCAGGUCAUG